ACACUCUCAGAGUCUCACUCACAACCUAUUCGUAGUGCACAACACAAGCUAAGCCAGCAUCAUGGCGGCGUUGAGCAGGGCAGCGAUGGUGUUGACCAUGAUGGGCCUCGCUGCCACUUCAGCCCUUUCACAGCCGUCGUUGAUCUCCAUGACCACCGACGUGCCCCUUCCCGACGGCCUGUCCUACGACUUCCACGCCUUGUCCUGCAACAACCUGCAGAACAUGGUGCGCGACGCCGUGCAGGGAGCGAUCGCGAGGGAUGCCGGUGUCGUCCCCGGCCUCCUCCGCCUCUUCUUCCACGACUGCUUCCCUCAGGGCUGCGACGCGUCGAUCCUGCUGACGGGAGGCAACAGUGAGCAGAACAUGGGGCAGAACGUUGGGCUUCGGAGGAGCGUGCUCGACCUCAUCGAGAGCAUCCGCGCAACCGUGCACCGUGCAUGUGGGCCCACCGUCUCCUGCGCCGACAUCACCAGCCUCGCCACCAAGGAGGCCGUCAUGCAGUCCAGGUUGCCAGGCUAUGACGUGCCGCUCGGACGGCGGGACAGCCUCACGCCCGCCACGGCCCAGCAAGUCGGCAUCCUGCCCGGACCCGACUCCAACGUCCAGCAGCUCGUGAGGACCUUCGCCGACCGCGGGUUCGACAAGAUGGACCUUGUCGCGCUCUCCGGUGCGCACACGGUCGGCAAGGCGAGCUGCGGUAGCUUCAGGAGCCGCGCCGGAGAGAACGCCGACUUCGUGCGCAUGCUCCAGCAAGUCUGCGCCAGAAACCCUCGCCACUUGCAGGACCUCGAUGUGGCCACCCCUAACACGUUCGACAAUCGCUACUACAACAAUCUGCAGGUGGGGAGGGGAGUGCUCAACUCCGACAUGGCGCUCACCCUCGACGGGGAUACCAAGAACUGGGUCAACAACUUCGCCGGGAACCAGGGGUGGUUCUUUAGCCAGUUCAGCACCUCCAUGAGGAAGCUGGCGCAUUUGCCAGGAGGAAACAUCGGCGAGAUCCGCAACAACUGCUUCAGGCGCAAUGGGAAUGGAGACUCUGUCGUCCUCGCUAGUGAGGGUUUUGCAGCCUCAGUUUGAUUGUAGAUCGCAUCGCUCAUG